AUGAAGGCUUCCAACAGGACGCGGCCUCGUCUACGGACAUCUUCGGUCCUAGUGGCGCUGCUACUACAGCUUCUUCACCCCGGUCAAGCAUUUCUUACCGGUUACCGGGGAGGGGUUGGACUCGAUGGUUUUGGCAUUUGUCCGGCGGACCUGCGGAACUGCUCCUGCCGCUCGUACACCGGUGCCGAAACUGAGAUCGACUGCCCGGAAGCGGACUCGACCGUCCAUCUGCGCAUCGAACCGCACCAGUACGCGGAGAUGCGCUGUCAGCGGAACCGGCGCUAUGACUUCGACCAGAUACCGCAGCUCGCGAUCGGUGACACGAACCGACUGACGAUCGAUGACUGUCCAUUUCCCCGCCACCAGUCCAUCCUCCAGCUGGUCUCCUUCCUGGGCACCACGCAGGUAAAGGUACUCUGGUUGAAGAACAAUGCGAACCACGAACACAGCGCCUCGCUGGUCCGAAACCACUUUGCCGGGUUGGAGAAUCUCGACCGGCUUGCCAUCAGCAACGCGAAGCUGAGUGAUAUCGGACCGGAUCUGUUCGAGCACCUGCCGAAUCUGACCUGGCUAGACAUGCGGGACAACAUCUUCCAACUGCCGCCGACCAUUUUCGACGCCCUGCCGAAGCUGCGCAUACUCGAGCUAAGCUUCAACAGUCUGGAGGAGCUUGAUCCGCGAUUGUUACGCCAUCUGCCAAACCUGCAGCUACUCACCCUCUGGCACAACAAGCUGCGCACUGUCAGUCGGCAGGUGUUUACCGGUGUACCGGAACUGGAGCGAUUGGAUCUCUCCGCGAACCAGCUCGAAUCUGUACCGAGCGACCUGUUCGCUGAUCUGCCCCAUCUGACCGAGCUGGCGAUGGGCUUUAAUAACUUCCGCACGCUACCGGAGGGACUGUUUCGCGCCAAUCCGGAACUAAGAAAACUGAAACUAGCAUCGCAGCGGGUCGAUCUCGAAACGUUGCCGCGCGAUCUGCUACAGAACUUGCCGGCACUGGAGCAGGUUAACUUGGAGCGGAUGGGGCUUGCCAGUCUGCCCGGUAUGCUGAUGUUCGGAUCGCCCAAUAUAACCCAGCUGAAUCUCGCCUUCAACCAGCUUCGUCAAUUGCCCGAGGAUCUGCUGCAGGACCAGAAGGCUCUAUAUAUUCUACAACUACAACAUAACCAGCUGACGAGUCUCCCGGAUGGAUUGCUAAGGAAUACGAUCGAGUUGCAUACACUCCGGUUGUCGCACAAUCAGAUUAACGAACUCUCGGCAAACGCACUAAAGGCAUUGGGAAAGCUAGAGGAACUCUACCUCGACCACAACCAGCUACAUACGAUCGAACUCCACGCAUUCCGGUACACCACCGCCUUACACACGCUUCAUCUGCAAGCUAACCGGCUGGCGUUCGAAACGCUCAACACCCUGCCCGGACCGGCACUGGACACCAACGAUGGAGAAUCGAGCGAUAUUCCCACACCGGAUGAGUUCGGUAUAUUCGUGCAGGACGGUACACCUUUCCAGCACCUUCACCAAUUGCGCGAGCUCGAUCUGUCGUCUAACUGGUUGACAGCGGUACCGCGCGAUCUGCUUCUCAACACACAUGAACUGCAGCGGCUCAAUCUGACGCGCAACAACAUCACCAGCCUGACAUACGCGAACCUUCAGUUCCUGGCACCAGCUAUUACGGUCGAUUUGCGCCACAACAGCAUCAUCGAGAUCAAUCUUGCCGAUAUGGAGCGUUUGGUACUGUUGGAACGCCGCAGCUUAGAAGAUCAAACCGGCAGGGCACGCAUACUGCUCAACGAUAAUCCCCUGAACUGCAACUGUAUUGUAUACGCGUUUGCACAGUACAUACAGAACAAGUUGGCCACCGCUGUUUACGAUCGUCUGGAGAUGGUCGCGGAUACGCUGACCUGCCAGGGUCCGGAACACCUGCAGGGAACGCUGAUCAAGAACGUACCGACGCGUGAGCUGCUUUGCGAUCUGGACACACCGACCACACAGAUACGCCACUGUCCGUCCGCCUGUCGGUGCUAUAUACGCCCGGAAGAUAUGGGCGUUAUAGUGGACUGCAGUGGACAAGGAUUGAUGGAGGUUCCAGAACUACCACUGCCCUCCACAUUCGGCUAUCGAUUUAUAGAGUUACACAUCGAGAACAACAACAUAAGUGUGCUGCCUGAUGUGGCGGGGACGGUGCCCGGGGGCUGGAGUGAGGUGCGCCAGCUGUACGCAGCCAACAACACCAUCAUGACGGUAGAAACCACCCAGCUGCCGAACGGAUUGCGGCUACUUGAUCUCAGCCGUAACAGACUGACGGAAUUGAAUGCGCCCGUUGCGGAUUUGCUGACGGCAAGCACCACACUGAACACACUGCGACUCGCCCACAACGACUGGACCUGCGAGUGUGAGGCCACACAGUUUGUGACGUUCGCUCACACUAAUCAGCGCCGUAUAGAGGACUUCGGGCGGCUUCGGUGCUCGGAUGGACGGCAGCUGGAGCACACCGCCCUCGGUGAUCUCUGCAUCGACCGUACGCACACGAUCGUGCUAGUGUGCGUCAUCGUAUCGGUGAUCGCUUGCCUAACGGCGCUACUCUCCUUCGUGUACUACACCUACAAGCUCGAGCUGAAGGUAUGGCUCUUCAAGCACGGUAUCUGUCUCUGGCUCGUUGCCGAGGAGGAACUGGACAAGGAUAAGCUGUACGAUGCGUUCGUUUCGUACUCACACAAAGACGAAGCAUUCAUCACCGAGCAUCUGGUACCGACAUUAGAGCGUGAUCCGAUGAACUUCAAGCUCUGCUGGCACGUUCGUGACUGGACACCGGGUGAAAUGAUCUCCUCACAGAUAUCAAGCUCAGUGGAGCAAUCACGACGUACCAUUAUCGUGCUGUCGAGCAACUUCCUCGAGUCUCUCUGGGGUCAACUCGAGUUCCGCACGGCACACCUGCAGUCGAUGUCCGAACGACGCAACCGUCUCAUCAUUGUGAUCUACGGCGACAUUGGCAGUAUCGAUGAUCUCGAGCCGGAACUGCGCGCCUAUCUCCACACCAACACGUACGUGCGCUGGGGCGAUCCAUGGUUUUGGGACAAGGUGCGCUUUGCCAUGCCCCAUCCACCGAAGGUGCGCGGUGGAACCGGUGCCGGAACCGCCGUCAAGUCCGGUGUCAGUACCGCCGGCGGUCUCUUCAUGAAGCAGCUGCAGGGUGCCACGGUGGACGACAAAAUGGAGCUUAUUAAACCGCAGACCGCACCCGCCACACCACCUGUUCUUACCACACCGCCAACCGAACCAACCGCCUGUACUGCGCCCGCCCCCGGUCCAUUCAUUAUCAGUGGCAACGGCACGGCCGCAGGUACACCACCCGUGUACUAUCACCAGCAGCUUAACCCGUACCGCGUCAGUGGUCACAUUAACGGUGCGUUUGUCAUCAACAGUAAUGCGAAGCAAAGUGAUGUCUAG